GACGUAAUCAAACAGAUAUUUGGGUUGGUUUGAGGUUCGAGCACCAAGCUAAUUAAUUAUUUGACAUGAGUUUUCAAACAAUCGUCCCAGAUAUGAACACCGAAAAUGCAAAUGAUCAGAAUAAGUAGCUAGCUAUUAAUGCUACAUGCACAGGAUUUGCUCUCGUAACGUAAGUUGUCUUCAAUAUAAACAAGCCAGGGACAAAGCCAGUUCGCUAUCUAGCUAUACUAGCUAGUACAUUUUGUUUGUUCACUUUGACUGUUGUCUUUUACUGUACUAGAAUACAGUGACAGCUAGCCUGCCAGUAUUUACACUAUUCUACAUAAGAUUUCAUGCUAGCAAUUCAAAAGGGAAAAACCCACCCCAUGUCUUGUCUUAAAGAAAAUUCACAGGUCAGGAGAACGUUACAGUACCUAGUAGUGUACGUUAGUUAGUUAGCUAAUUGCUUUAGUGAUUAUGUAGCUUGUACUAAAACAGUUGUUUCUAGCUAGUGGUGUUGGUAUUGAAAAGUUUGAAAUUAUGUAUACAGGUAGCUAACUAAACCUCCGUGAUGUCACCUUUCUAACAGCCCUCUAUCAGAUGGCUAACUGCUGUAUGUCUGUUUCAUUUUUAGGACGAACAGCCUUUAGUUCUGUAUGGAACUGCAGAAUGUGCCUUACACACACCAGUCACCAUGAGGUUACCAAAGUUGGCCAGUGUUUUUGUCUUCUUGGGCUGCCUGGCAGCUUACCUGAUGCUUGUUAAGCGCCACUAUGAUGGUGUAAGGCCAGCUAUCUCCAAAAUACCACCUCACUUCCACCCCAGAUUGGGCUUGUCGAGCAGUCCCAACAGACCAACCUCCUCAGAAGUGGUCAGCAGGCGUUUCCAGUAUGGCGUUAUGUUUGAUGCUGGGAGCACAGGGACAAGGAUCCAUGUCUUCAAGUUUCAACUGGAGGACAACGGUACAGUACAUGUGUGCAUUGUUGAAAACAAAUAUAUUACACUGGGAGAGGUAGAAAAGACAGUAUGAAUGUAGAAAUGUUACCUCCAUACCUCUGAACUCAAAAGUAAUAUGUUAUCUCUAUUACAUCCAUUUAUGGACUUGUUUUGGUGAAUAAUAUAAGCUGCAUCUGCAAAUGUAGUUGACCAAAAUGGAUCAAUUAAAUGUUGUGCUCUGCAUUGCUUUUAGCAUUUGUAAGCCAUGUGCGGCAGCAAAAAGUAUUAAUUACAGAUUUGAAUCCAUGUGAGACAUGUAAGGCUUUCAGGCUUAAUUUGUAUUAUGUGCUUUGAUGUUGGCAGAACAAAAUGCACAUUAAUUCAUUACUCCAUUUAAGGCCUCAUAUUAGGCUUACGCUGCCCCAUACCAGGAAUCCCCCCAAAAAAGUUUCUGUAAAGCUUCGCCAAAUGGCUUAGUUAUCGCAUUAUUUCAACAUUAAGCUAAAUCAUUUAAGUGCUGUUUUGGCUUCAUUGUUAAACCAAUGAUUGUUAUAUUCGAAUGGCUACCAAGCACCUGCUAUUUAUGUUGAAAUAGCCCUCAUCGUUUUGCACAAACAAGCAACAUGUCAGUAGAGGUUAUACGCAUCACAGAAGCAAUGUAGAAAUUCUGACAAGAUAGAACAAGUCAAUUGUUAUGGCAGUGUUAUGUAGGCUACUUUAUAAUAUCACACCGCUUGCCAUGGAUUUUCUGCCUUGGUGGUAACUAUUAGCAUUACUCAAAUCUACAUUAGCACCCUAAAAUUCUAUUUAAAUUGUGAAUUAAAUGUCAACUGUAUUUCACUGCAAUGGGCUUCAUGCAACUUGUUCUGUCUUUUUCCACAGAGGCUCCUAAAUUGGCACAUGAAACAUUCAGAGCAAUAAAACCAGGUCUAUCUGCAUAUGCUGAUGACCCAGAAAAGGUUACCAACUUCAUAUAUCUAUUUGAAAAGAACAGUCAACAUACUAAAUGUAGGCCAUCUCUUGUUAUUGCACUGACAUUAUCUUUAGAAAUCUAAUCUCUUGGUUCCUCGGUCGGUUGUUUCUUAGUGUAAAGAAGGGAUCCUGGAGCUGUUGGCAGUGGCCCAAGGCAGCAUUCCCUCUUCCGUAUGGAGCAGCACUCCUCUGGUCCUCAAAGCCACUGCAGGCCUCCGUCUUCUGCCUGGGGAGAAGGCCACACACCUACUGGACAGGGUGAGCCUUUCACCACUGUCCAAUGUCUGUGGACUCACUGCAUAGAUAGAUUACCAUACCACAAACACUGCACAGUUCCCACUCUCUCACCUUGUGGAGUUAGCAUUUCUGUUAGCUGUUUUGUUACAUUUCACCCUGAUUUCUGAUUUUACACUGGGAAAAAAACAAGAUUUGUGCUGGGAAAAGCAUGUAGGUUGGCAGUGGUCAAAGAAUGAGUUGCCCACUUACAAAUUAGCUAAGCUCUGUAAUUGCAUAACGUGUCUAAAUUUACCCCAUACUGUUGGUGCUCCUCCCGGUGCAGUAAUACCAUCAGCUGAAAGCAAUUCCAGGCUGUAUCACAACCGGCCGUGAUUGUGAGUCCCAUAGGGCGGCGCACAAUUGGCCCAGCGUCGUCCGGGUUUGGCCGGUGUAGGCCGUCAUUGUAAAUAAGAAUUUGUUCUUAACUGACUUGCCUAGUUAAAUAAAGGUAAAAUAAAAAAAAUUAAUGGCAUGAAUUAAUUGCAUAAGUGACCUCUUAUGCGCUUGUUUGAUGACCUGUCAGUGUUCCGGAUCCUUCACUCCUUUCACACAUCCACCUCUCCUCCUCUUUUUUUUCUCUCCAUUUAAUAGCCUAUAACAGGUUCACCUAAGGACUACACACCCUAAACCUGUUUAGUUUGUAGUUUAACUAUUAAGUGGCUGAGUGUUCCCUCACCCAACCCCUUUUUACAACAAUGAGAGGUGUGAAUUGAAUACAAGUGUGUCAUCCUUGUCCUAAAUAUGCAUUAAUGUACUAUCUAGAAACAACUCCUGAAUAGUAAUAUUUAUGUAUUGCAAAGUUGAUUUCAUGCAGAUAGGACCUUAUAGAAAGAAUCGUGUCAUGUACAUGAAGUAUGUAUGUGGAAAACAGCUUCCAAACAUGGUUGAGGAAGAACUGACCUUAAGAUUUCUAUAUAGGUGAGGGAGGUGUUUGGGGAGUCUCCUUUCCUGUCCAGAGGGGACAGUGUGUCCAUAAUGGAUGGCACUGAUGAAGGUAUGUCUGGCCCUCACCCACCUGUAGUUUCACAAAACACGUCAUUCCUGUGCAGGUGUUUCUAGUGUCUUAUACUGUGGGACUCACAUUUUCAUAUACAAGAAUUUCUCAUGCACAAUACAUAUAUUUUUUUGUAUAGAUGCAAGAUUCCCACUUAAUCCAAUUAGAAUUCAAUGUUUUUACACUGCACCCAUUUGGGUCUUUGGGGUCUUAGUGAAGCAAUUUUUCCAUGCCCUUGCCAAUUUAUGGACACCUGUAUGACUUUUUGAUGUAGAUAUUUUUUUUAUCCCUUGAUAGUUCUUCUAAUUCAUAACAAUUUCUAGAUGUUCUUUCCUCUUGCAUGAUGAAUUGGCAUUAUUAGAGGAAAUACAGUAUUUUAAGGCAACAGAAGUUAUCACAGGACUGGAUCUUUGGGAUCACUGAUUAGGAUUUUUCCACAGAGUGUUGCAUUGACUCAGAGAGCAAGAGAGGUCACUCAGUUUGACCUGACCCUGAUUUACCCAAUGCAUACAGAGGCAUUUAGCAGAUUAUGGAAAAGCAAGUUAAACGUGUCAAUCUACGCUUUAACCUCCAUGACUAAUAACAGCAAAACUUUUGACUGGAGUGCAGAAUUAAUACAAAUCGUAGAUAAUGGAGUUCGGGCUGGACUGGAGUCCACUGUGUCCAGUGGGGCGGCCUAGAUGGUAGAGGCCCUCUCUGGUCCAUUACUAGCUUGUUUGAUCAACAUCAAGCUGUUUGGUGACAGGCUAUGUCUCUGUGGCUAUUAGGUUCUGGUCCUUUGGCCAGGCAUUAACCAUUCAAUUCUCUGCCAUUACCGUGGGCAUUGAUGCUUUAAUAUGAUUGUUAUAUUGAAAUAAGACAUACAUUGGUGUUUUAUGUUGAAAGGCAUGUUUGAUAUAGGCACAAAAGCAAUACAUAAAAUAUUUUAAUCCAAUCCUUUUAAAGUAGUUCAUACAAGCAAUUAUGGGCAUGUAGGAUAAUGUUCAGUUUAAUCUCUGCAAACCGAAUAUCUGCCAUUCAUUUCUGAGGCUGAAAAAGUUUUCUUCUUCCCCAAGUCUAUCAGCCUUGUUACAGUGGAGGUGACCUGACCCUUGGAAAAUGCCUUUUUAUGAUUAUUGAAUUAAUUUGAAGUUCGCGUUUUUGUGCCUAAUGGACAAAUUCCUCUAGCGUCAUUGCUUAGCUGUAAUGCUAAACUCCCGCUCGAUCCAUAACCGGAUUUCACUGCCUUAUUAUCAGUUCGAUUUUUGCCGCUCUUUCCCCGCACGCUUAUCCUAGUGGAGAGUACACAUUCUCUCUCUGAAUCGAACAGACUUAUAAAAAAUAUAAGUGGUAUUUGAGGGAGGCCUGAGGGAUAAAGUGGACAAAGUGUAUGGUAGCUAAGUGACAGUAUUUGGUCAUAAUGACUACUAGUGCAGCACUCUUUUUUUUCUCCUAUAGCUCCUAUGAUAUAGUUCUGAGUCAAUAAACUAGGAAAGGGUCAUUACAGGGUUGUUAAAGGCACUAAUGCACGCAAUGGAGUCACACUGAGUGCAAACAUUAUGCUAUAUAAAUACAUUAUGGCAUUAAACAAUCUCCUCAUUUGACCUAAAUAGUUGACCCCUAAAUACUGUUUAAAUGAUUUCAGUACAAACUAUGUAAACACUUUAUACAUGUAUUAUGAAGGAUUGAUUAAGAGGGAUGAGGUAAUCACCAUCUCUUUUUCUCCUCACAGGGAUCUCUGCUUGGAUCACUGUCAACUUCCUCAUAGGUGAGAUGCUUUCACAUUUUGUUUACUGUCAGUUGCUAAUGACAUAGAUGGCAUUGGUAAGGAUCGAUAUAGAGACUAAAGGUGUACUAGAUGGAAGAGAAAAUAUUCCAGUGGGAAUGUGACCAUCUAUACUAGGGAUGUGCAUCUUUCCCUUUCAAGAUGAUUUGAUACGUAUCUAGAUACAUGGGCUACGAAACGAUACUGGAACGAUAUGUUUUAGUUUGGAACGAUUCAGUGAACUAAAGACCAAGGCAUCCUGUACUGACCCUACCACCCUCACCCUCAGGGGCCCUGGCCCCAAGCUCAAUGUUCAGAACAGGCUUAAUUCUGGUACAUAAACAGAACACCAGCAAAAGAGAUUAAUCUGGACAAGAAAUGUUGAUGACCUGUUAUUGGAUUAGCCUAGCGCUGCCUCCCCAGUUCCUCCUUGGUGACAACACUGGCACUGCCCCCCACCCGACCUGCUCUUUCUCCCCUUCUCUCUCUCCUCCUCUCGCUCUCUCUGCAGGGGGUCUCCACGGCACUGACACACCCACUGUGGGGAUGCUGGAUUUGGGAGGGGGGUCCACCCAGAUCACCUUCUCCCCCCAGGAUGAGGUACAAUAAGGCGUCUCUGUUUGAUAGCGGAUGCGCAUGCCCGUACACACACACACACACACACACAGUAGAUAAUAAAGCCAGCUCUCUUCUCUAAAGUAACACAAACUACCGGGAUGUCCUCUCAUCUUAGGGCUUAAUCAGCAAAUGCCACGCUAAUCCGAAAGGGCUGUUAAAUAAACGUUGUUGGAUGGGAGGAGAGGGGGAUUUCUUGUUCCUUAACUAGGUCAGGCCUUGUACACGAGGGAUUGAGGACCAAUUUACCAUGUCAUUACACUGCUUUUCAAAGAGUUUAAACUCUCCCGGCAAGCCGUUCACGCCGUAGGGGUGAAAUUAGUUUGCAGAUUGGGGCAGGUUUUUUUCUCUUCUUAUUGAGUAGAUCCUUUUUGUCUGUUUGAUGUCAAACAGCACAGUGUGAUGUCUGUUGUAUAAGCUCUAACUGGUCACCCAGGAAUUGGGGUUCAUAUAAGAAAACAUGUACCAUUCUGAUGUUUAAAUCUCAAAUCAAAUCAAAUCAAAUUUUAUUGGCCACAUGCGCCGAAUACAACAGGUGCAGACAUUUCAGUGAAAUGCUUACUUACAGCCCUUAACCAACAGUGCAUUUCUUUUUAACAAAAAAAGUAAAAAUAAAACAACAACAAAAAAAGUGUUGAGAAAAAAAGAGCAGAAGUAAAAUAAAAUAACAGUAGGGAGGCUAUAUAUACAGGGGGGUACCGGUGCAGAGUCAAUGUGCGGGGGCACUGGCUAGUUGAGGUAGUUGAAGUAAUAUGUACAUGUGGGUAGAGUUAAAGUGACUAUGCAUAAAUAAUUAACAGAGUAGCAGCAGCGUAAAAGGAUGGGGUGGGGGGGCAGUGCAAAUAGUCCGGGUAGCCAUGAUUAGCUGUUCAGGAGUCUUAUGGCUUGGGGGUAGAAGCUGUUGAGAAGUCUUUUGGACCUAGACUUGGCACUCCGGUACCGCUUGCCGUGCGGUAGCAGAGAGAACAGUCUAUGACUAGGGUGGCUGGAGUCUUUGACAAUUUUGAGGGCCUUCCUCUGACACCGCCUGGUAUAGAGGUCCUGGAUGGCAGGAAGCUUGGCCCCAGUGAAGUACUGUGAUGUACUGGGCCGUACGCACUACCCUCUAGUAAUAAUGUUUUGUUUGCAAAUGUAUAAAGCCACACAAUUAUGUUUUGCAUCUUUGUUUUUCUCUCCAGAAGACCAUCCAGACCUCACCCAUCAACUACAUUACAUCAUUUCAGAUGUUCAACAGCACCCACACACUCUACUCACACAGGUACUCUCAUGCACUAUGUUUAGACGGAUAAUUGUGCUCUUUGGAAAGUCCUCCACCCUCUUUAUGUUAAACCUACGGUGUGGUGCAUCCAACUGCAAACUGGUCACUCCAGCUGCAAACUGGUCACUCCAGCUGCAAACUGGUCACUCCAGCUGCAAACUGGUCACUCCAGCUGCAAACGGGUCACUCCAGCUGCAAACGGGUCACUCCAGCUGCAAACGGGUCACUCCAGCUGCAAACGGGUCACUCCAGCUGCAAACGGGUCACUCCAGCUGCUAACGGGUCACUCCAGCUGCUAACGGGUCACUCCAGCUGCUAACGGGUCACUCCAGCUGCAAACGGGUCACUCCAGCUGCAAACGGGUCACUCCAGCUGCUAACGGGUCACUCCAGCUGCUAACGGGUCACUCCAGCUGCUAACGGGUCUAUUUCGUCCUCUACCAUGAUUUAAUUGUGGGGAACUUAUUGCUAUAUUAUUGCAACUGUCAAUAUGUAUUUUUAUUGAAAUUAUUCCUACCAUUUUAUUUGUUGUUUGCAUGGAGCUUUAAGAUGAAAGCUGUAGCACAAAUGUAUAUGGCAGUAUAUAUAUGCGCUCAAGUACACGCUUCCAUUUUUGGCUUAAUAAUAUCUUAUAUACUAAGGCUAAGUGCUAAAACAGCUUUGGUGGGACAUUUACAGUGGGUAUCGUUAGUAUUAACCCCCCUUGGAUUUCUUCACAUUUUGUGUGUUUGGGAUCAUGGCUAGACAGCAAAUAAGGUUUUGCCAUAGAUUUUCAAGCAGAUUUAAGUCAAAACUGUAACUUGGCCAUUCAGGAACAUUCAUUGUCUUCUUGGUAAGUAACUCCAAUGUAGAUUUGGCGUUCUGUUGUAUGUUAUUGUCCUGCUGAAAGGUGAAUUCCUCUCCCAGUGUCUGGUAUAAAGCAGACUGAAGCAGGUUUUCCUGUAGGAUUUUGCCUGUGCUUAGCUCCAUCACGUUUCUUUUUAUCCCGAAAAAACGAUUUGCCGAUGUCAAGCAUACCCAUAUCAUGAUGCAGCCACCACCAUGCUUGAAAAGGAAGCAGUUACUCAGUGACGUGUUGUGUUGGAUUUGCCCCAAACAUAAGGCUUUGCAUUUAGGCCAGAAAGUGUAUUCCUUUGCAGUGUUUUUUUGCAGUAUUACUUUAGUGCCUUGUUGCAUACAGGAUCCAUGUUUUGGAAUAUUUGUAUUCUUCUUUCUACUCUCAUUUAAGUCAUUAUUGUGGAGUCACUACUGUGAUCUUGAUCCAUCCUCCGUUUUCUCCCAUCACAGCCAUUGAACUCCGUAGUUGUUUUAAAAUCACCAAUGGCCUCAUGGUGACAUCCCUGAGCAGUGUCCUUCCUGUCCUGCAGCUCAGUUCAGAAGGACGACUGUGUCUUUGAUAUCUGGGUGGUUUAUUACAACAUCCACCGAAUAAUUAUUAACUUGACCAUGCUUCAAGAGAUAUUCAAUGUCUGAUUUGUUAUUGUUACCCAUCUACCAAUCACUGCCCUUCUUUAUGAGACUUUUGAAAAGCUCCCUGGUCUUUGUAGUUGAAUCUGUACUUGAAAUGCAAUACUUGACUGAGGGACCUGACGGAUGUUGUAUGUAUGGGGGACAGAGGAAGGGGUAGUCAUAAAAAAAAAAUGUAAACUCCUAUUAUUUCACAGUGAGCCCAUGUAACUUAUGUGAUAUAUAUAUUUUUAAGCCACAUUUUACUCCUGAACUAAUUUUGGCUUGCCUAAACAAACGGGAUGAAUACUUAUGCAACGACUAUAUUUUAGUUAUUAAUUUGUAGAAUUUGAUUUUCACUUUGACAUUAUAGAGUAUUAUGUGUAGAUCAAUGACAAAACAAUCACAAUUAAAUCUAUUUCAAUCCCACUUUGUAAUGCAACAAAAUAUGAAGAAAUCCAAUGCGGGUGAAUACUUAUGAUACCUUCUGUAGUUUAGUAUUUGGCACUGUGGGGGGCCCUACCUGCUUUCCUGAAAUGCAGCCCUCUCUGUGCUGUUGUUCAGAGAGGUGCAAUGAAACAGGUUUAUUCUUUCUGUCCUCAGGUUAGUGUAUGACCCUGCAAAAAAUGUUUUUUGCAUGUUGCACAAACUGUAUGACUAUACACACUCUCAGACACAUACCUCUCAUUUCUGUGUGUCACAGACUGAUUCUGCUUUCUUUCUUGCACAGCUACCUUGGUCUAGGCUUGAUGUCGGCAAGACUAGCUGUCUUGGGAGGAAUCGAGGGACAGCCUUGUAUGUGGUUUUUCAAUUUGCUUUCAUCGUUGCCUUUUAAAGACCCUCCCCGUCCUGAUAAAUAAGCCAUUAUCUAAUCUUUUAAUAACAUGGGCCAAGAUUAAUUCCUUGCAUGCCAGCUGUUGCUGUGAUUUAGUUGAUGCCGGGCUUUAAGAACUACCAUCAGUCGAAUGCCCCGGAUGCAGUUCUCCAUGGGGAUUUGCAUUUUAUACACUUGCAUUUUAAUCCGAUUUCUUUACAUUUGUUUGUUGUAUAAUCUAUUUAUUCUCAAUGUUCUCUCAAUGCAUUUUUGGUUAUAGGGUUGCUUUAGUGUGCCACCAGAUGGGCCAAUAGCCAUAAAACCUGUUGGAGCACAGCAAUUUCAGAUGCUGUGUCCCCUUACAGCAUUAUACUUAGAGUGGAAAUUGUAGUCCGAACAUUAGUUUGUUGUUUAUUUUCGUAAAAUGUAGCAUUCUCCAGCCAUAGCUUUCCUAUAUAUCCCGACUGUGUACCAAAACAUAAGCUAUGUUGGUCAGGUCAAAAUUAAAUGUGCAUUCUCUCUGUUCUAUUUUCAACAGUAGAGGAUAUCAGCACAGAGCUAGUAAGCCCCUGCUUGGCCCCGGAAUACUCUGGCCAAUGGGAGCAUGCAGAAGUUCUGUAUACUGUGAAGGGCCAAAAGGCAGGUAUGGUAAAAAGGGAUUAAUAACUAACUUAACAUGAAUAUUACUACUGCUAAGUACCAAUUGUUACGUCAGUUAAUGAACAAUGAAUUGCCUGUCAGACCGUGCCUGAUCUGACCAUUUAUUGUGUAUAAACAGUUUUGUUUCUGUUUCAGGAGAGCCCAUUUAUGAGUCAUGCCUUAGGAAAGUGGAGAAGAUGCUGUAUAGGAAGGUGAAGAAGGCAGGGGAAGCCAAAGAUAUGGAAUUCUAUGCCUUUUCAUACUACUAUGACAGAGCUGUGGAUCUGGGAGCUAUUGGUAGGAACCCUACCUGCCUUUUGCCACUUCAGUUGGUGUAAAUUAAUAUGCUGCUCAGUUAUCGAUAAUGAUAUCUUCAUUUAGUAACUGAAUGUAGUUCUAUUCUAAUUCUAAUCACCCCUCUCACUCAGAUGAGAAAACAGGAGGGACUAUAAAAGUCAGCGAUUACAUUGAUGCUGCCAAGAGAGGUAAGACAGCGCUCUCAUGCUGCAGUUUUGUGUACUGCAUGUGGUUCACUGCUACUGAACUGAAUUUGAAUAGAAACAUGACUUAUCCCUAUUCAUCAACGUUCGACUCAUCGCAUUCACACGUUUAAUAAAUAAGUAAUCCAAGUUCUAUUGGAAUUGAGUGAAUACUUGGAAGAAAUCAGCAUAUUGGAUGCUGAUUUAUAAGCAUGUCUUGCUUUCUCCCAGUGUGCAACGGAAUGGCGGUUAAUCCAGGAGAGAAUCCUUUCCUUUGUCUGGAUCUAACCUACAUCUCUGGGAUGCUGCAAGAGCUUGGUUUUCCCAAAGAUAAAGUAUUUAAGGUAAGAACCAAAUGCAAAUAAGCCAUUUAUCAUUCAUUCGAAAUCAACUGUGAGAGUGUUGCAUUGAGGCUGUGCAUUUCCAUGGGUCUGCAUCGGACGGCCAAAGAUUUGUGUGUGUUUUCAGCUGGCAAGGAAGAUUGAUGAAGUGGAGACUAGCUGGGCUCUGGGGGCUACUUUCCACUACAUCGAGUCCAUCCGCAGUCAGUGAGCUGCCAGUCUCUCCUUUCACUCGCCACUGCUAUGACGUGCCAGUGAUUCUGUGCUGCAAAGUAUGCUUUGGGAAAAUGUCCCCAGUGAUUGUACUUGUUCUUCAAAGUUUUAUCAAAAUGUGAGUUUAUAUUACCAGUCGCCUUUGGAUGUUUUAGUUUUAUCUUUUGGCAGGUGUGAUUGUUUUGUACUUAUAAAGGAAUGUUACACAUGGUACUGGUGUAGUUUGAAGGAGCAUGACCGAUUCCAUAUUUGGUAUUUUUAAAAUGUCAAAUUGCUAAAAUGUUAUUGUCUGUACAAUUGUAUACAGUUCAGAAUCAAGAACUGGUGUAUUGAAGGCAUAUAUGUAUUUUGAAUGAUAAAACAAAUUGAAAC